AUGAAUAUAGACAAAAAGAAGUCUUUUAUGGAAAACCCAAUUGGAUCGACCAAGAAUACAAUUAAAGGUUUACAACUUUUCAUAGCAGAUCUCAGAACCACCCAACAUUCACAGGAUCACGAAAAAAGAAUUAAUUAUGAAUUAGUUAAAAUAAAGAAACAAUUCGAACCAUAUGCCAAUCUAUCAGAUCCUUCUUCUUCUUCUCCUUCUAGCACCACCGCCACUGCCACUACUACUUCACUUAAAUUAGACGGAUACCAAAGAAAAAAAUAUGUAGCUAAGUUGGCUUAUAUCUAUAUCACCACAAAUACUUCAAAAUUAAAUGAAUUGUUGUUUGGAUUAGACCAAAUACUUAAUCUUAUAGAUUCGAAUCAUUAUUCUGAAAAAUUCAUGGGUUAUCUAAUACUAUCACUUUUCUUCGAACAUGAAAGGAUAAUCACACUAAUCAACCACACAAGGUUCUUACAAAGACUACUCUCUGAUCUCUCAGCAAAUAAAGAUGAUUUCACCUCUUUGGCUUUAAAUUUUAUUGGGACUGUAGGUAAUCUACACUCCAAUCUAGCAUCCAACGAAGAAAUUGUAAAUAGUGUGUUCCAAAUCAUUAGAUCUCCAACCUCAUCACAGUAUUUGAAGAAAAAAUCAACCUUAACGUUCUUAUCUUUAUUAAAAAAUAAUUUAUCUAUAUUAACAGACAAUUUCCAAAGGAAACAAAUUUGGAUCCAGAAGAUCAUUGCCUUGUUAGACGACACAGAUAAUUAUAGGGUCACUCUAACUGCAUUACCCUUAGUAGAGUAUAUCGCUUCAAAUAUCGACCCCUCAUAUUGUUUCAGGAUUGUCCCUCAAUUAACAGAUAUUUUAUAUACAUGCGUUGUUUUGGGUACAAAAGACUCAGGGAUAUAUAGAUUCCCCAUAGAAUACAAAUUUGCUAAUAUACCAAACCCUUGGCUAAUAACUAAAGUAGUUUCCCUUUUAAGCAAAUUGAUAGCACCCCCAUAUCAAGAGAUUGAUCCUCCACGUAAUAUGAAUAAGCAAUGUUUACACCCUUCAGAUCUAGACCCAGAAACUUUAAAUAAAUUAAGAAAAUGUGUAGUAGAUGCAAUUUCUUUAGGCCACAGAAAAAGUAGUGAUCCAAUAGAAAGAAUUGUACAAAAUACUGUAUUAUUCUCCCUAAUUAAAUUUGCACCUAAAUUGGAUCCAUCUAAUGAAGCAAUAAUCAAUUCAGUUAACACUCUUUGUUUAUUGUUACGAUCCUCUGAGAUUAACAUCAGAUAUUUGACUCUGGAUUCAUUGAUCCAAUUAUGUUCAGAUAGUGGAAGGGUAGCUGUUGAUACUGUAAGUAAUGAGAAUUUAGAUUUAAUUGUCCACUUAAUGAAUAACGAAAGGGAUAUGUCCAUAUUGAGAAAAACCAUCGAUUUGUUAUAUAUUUUAGCAAAUGUAGAUACUGUGAAAGUUAUAGUAGCCCAUUACUUGAAUUUUAUCUCAAAUAUGAAACAAAGUUCUGAUCCACAAGUAAAAUCGAAUGUCUCGGUUAAAAUAGCAGUAUUGAUAGAAAAAUUUGCAACAGAUCCAAAUUGGUAUAUCGAAACCUCUUUGAAAAUCUUAUCAUUAACUCCUGAUAAUUCAUUUCAUCAUGACAACAUCCAUAAUCAUUUAAAUGAUAAUAAUGAGCUGUGGUAUAGAUUAUGUCAGAUUGUAGUAAAUAAUCCUCAAUUAAGAAAGCUGACCUGUCAUAAUCUGCUUGGAUAUUUAGUCAAAAGACAUACUUCAGAAUAUAUCGUAAAGACGGCUGCCUUUUUGUUAGGCCAAUAUCCUUCCUUAAUAGUAAAGCAGAUAUCAAUAGACAAUUUAUUUUCAAUCUUUGCUGAAAAAUAUUACAGUGUAUUCAAUAUGACAAAAGCCAUGAUUUUGACCACUAUGAUACAACUAUAUAAAUUUGAACCUAAUUUAGUUGGAUCCAAAGUAAUCAAAUUUUUUCAACUGGAAUUAAAUUCAUUAGAUAUCGAAUUACAAACAAGAGCAUAUGAAUAUUUAAAGAUAAUCCAAAUUUCUAAAAUGUCUGGUAAUAUGACUUUGAUCAAUACAUUAUUUGAAACCAUGCCCUCAUUCAAUACUAAAUCAAAUCCAUUAUUGAAAAGAUUGGGUGGAUUACAACAGGACAAUCAUUCGAAUGAUAGUGAUAUAGAAUUUUCAAAAUUAACAAUAUCCAAUAAAAUAUCUUCAGACGAUUCUUCAAAAGAUGCAGAAAAUAUAGGCCCAUUUAACUCAGUUCCAAACAAUAUAAGCAUGCAACAGCCACCAUUAGUACCACUUUCAAUAAAAAGUAGGACUGCAAAAAAUAAUAGACUACCACUUCCAAUUCAAGAGAAUAACAAUAAUACCAAUGCUAAAGGAUUAAAUAAUAGGUACAUUCAACAAAUGUUGACUUCCACUUGGAAAGAAGGAUUUACUAGAAUGCUUCAACAUAAACAAGGUAUUUUCUAUUCUUCACCUUUAAUAAAAAUAUUAUAUCGUAUAACACAUAUCGAACCAUAUCAGAUAAAGAUAGGUUUCACAUAUAUUAACCAAACUGAAUGGGAUAUCACAGGUCUAUCUACUGAAUUCAUUGCUGCUCAUAUCGAAAACAAUCCUGAAUAUAUCUUCCAAAAUAUAGAAGCUUUAACAAGUUCAAAUAUUAAGCCACACAAAAGAACAGAACAGAAUGUUCAGGUUGUCAUAAGAAAACCCUUUAAUAUAGAAAAAUGUCCCUUAAUGAACGUAUAUUUUAAUUGCGGUAGUACUUCGAAUCAUACUACAUUAAAAUUAGGUAUAGCAAUAAUCUCCACUAUAAACAGUGAGAAAUUAAACUCAAACACCAUUACAAGUGUUACAUUGCCCCAAUUUAUUACACGUUGGAGAACUUUAGGAACAGCUCUCGGAAAGGAGGCAGAGUGUCAUGUGGCAAACAUAUUAAUGGUCAAUACAAAUGAAACUCAAGAAAGACAUAACUCCAUAGAAUCAAUGCUUACAAUCUUACAAACAAGAUUGAAAAGAAUUGGUAUGAACAUAAUCGAACAAACCAAUGUAUCCAAUACACUUUUUGUUGCUAGCAUCGUUCAUACCAAGACAGAUGGCAAUUUUGGUUGUUUAAUGAAAUUGCAGUGUCAACAAGAUUAUACAGUGAAUAUUACAUGUAAGACGACUCUCGCAGGUCCUUUAGCCACCUAUGUAGUAGAUUGUUUAAGAUGGAUUAUCUCAAACUAA